UUUAUAGAAUAUUUUAAUUUAUAAAGGGAAAUUCAAAACCAUGGGCAGUUUCGCAGUCGUUCUUCUCCUCUCGCAAAACCAGCUGCUCUGUUUCUCUGUAUAUUACUCUCUCCCUCUUCCUCCCUCUCUCCUCUUUCUAUCUCCAAUUCAGACGCGGCAAGGGAAUAAAUUCGUUGUUUUUAGGGCGGGAGUUCUUCGCAUCGCAGGAACGAGGAGUUUCGAUUUCGUUGUUGUUUUUCCUGGGAGUCGAUUUCUGUUUCGGUUUGCUUGGUCGUUUCUCAUAAAGCUUGGAUCUUUCCUCGUUGAUUCUGAUGUCGAAAUUGUGGGUAAUGGGAAAUGGGAUUCCUUAGGAUCUGGGUUUUUGGGUAAUCGUAUGAAUUUGUUCGAAUUUUCGAUUUUUGUUUUUCUUUUUGGGAUUUAGGGGUUGAUGGAAUCAAAUGGUCUGUCGAGUGUGAUGUUCUCUGGUUUCAGUCCGGGAAUGUUAAGCUUGGAGAUGCCACAAAACCCACAAAAUCCACAGAACCCGAUUCAAUUCCAACAUCCCCAGAUGGUUUCUUACGCCGGAAACAAUGGCGGCGGCGGCGAUCAGCAACACCAUAACCACCACCAGACGCAGCCGCCCAUGAAAACGCCACAGGACCCUUACUACCCUUACGCCUCCAAACACAAGCAAUUAUCGCCGCUCAGCGACGAGGACGAUCCCGGGUCGGGUUCCGUGUCCGGCUACAACCCGGAAGACAGCACCGGAGCCGACGGGAAGAGGAAGUUCUCUCCCUGGCAGAGGAUGAAAUGGACGGACACGAUUUUUUUUGGGGGGGGGAUAUUUUUGGGCGACGAAGCCGGGUCGUCGGAAACCGCCGACGCGGCGAAGAAGAAGCCCUCCUCCUCGGCCGCCUCCACCUCCUCCGGCGGAGGAGGGUUGCUGCAGAAGAAAGGAAAGUGGAAAUCGGUGUCGAGGGCGAUGAUGGAGAAAGGGUUCUACGUAUCGCCGCAACAAUGCGAGGACAAGUUCAACGAUCUGAACAAGAGGUACAAGAGAGUGAACGACAUCCUGGGCAAGGGGACAGCUUGUCGGGUCGUGGAGAAUCAGAGCUUGCUCGAAUCCAUGGAUCUCCCUCCCAAAUUGAAGGAGGAGGCCAAGAAGCUCCUCAAUUCCAAACACCUCUUCUUCCGCGAGAUGUGCGCUUACCACAACAGCUGCGGCCAUCUCACCCACACAAACGCAAAUGCCAUCGCAGCCGCCGAUCAACCCCAAACGCAGACGCAAUCACACCCUCAACCGCAGCAGAGCUGUUUCCACUCUGCUGCAGCUGGGGAUUCCAGCAAAAUGACCCGAAUCGCGGAGAACGGCGAGGAGGAGGAGGAAGAGUCGGAUACAGCAGAAGAUUCAGACACAGAGGAUGAUUCGGACGAGGAGGGGGAGGAGGAGGAAGUGGUGGCGGGAAAGAGGCAGAGGAAGAUGUCGGAGACAGGAGCAGUGAGGGGGCUAAUGGAGGAAGUGGGGAGAGUAGCAAUGGACAUGGCGAAGGGAGCGAGGGAGAAGAAGGAGUGGAUGAAGAAGAAGAUGGUGGAGCUCGAGGAGAGGAGGGUAGGGUUCGAAUGGGAAGCACUGGAAAUGGAGAAGCAGAGUCUGAAAUGGAUGAGGUUUAAGAGUAAGAAAGAGAGGGAAAUGGAGAAGGCAAGGCUCGAUAAUCAGAGGCGAAGGCUCGAGAACGAGAGGAUGCUGCUCCUUCUCCGUCGCAAGGAGAUGGAGUUUGACACGUCGGCUUCGGCUUCAGCUUCUGUCGUGUAAAAAUGUCGGAUCUUGAUCUGGUUUAUGUUCCAAGUGUUGUAGUUGUAGAUGUAACAUGCAAUGACAAUACGAUCUCUUGCUUCUUCC